AGACCUUGACCCUAAAUUUAUCGAGAACUUGGACCACGUUGUGCAAUCUUUUUAGACGGUUGGGCAUAUUAAAUCACUAUAUUGCAAGAAUAUAAAAUAUAAUAAAUAUAUUUUAUAACACUACUCGUAUAUUAUAACAGCUGAAAGCAAUAUUGCCAAGAUGACAGAAAAUUCUGAAAGUAAGAAUAUCAAUGAACCGCCAAAACCUUUAUUUCGCGAAUUGGUGGUCGAAGACGAUGAGCCAGAAGUAACUGAAAUAGAAAGCUUAUGUGUGAAUUGCGAGAACAAUGGAAUAACACGGCUGAUGUUGACUAAAAUACCACACUUCAGAGAAAUUGUUAUCUCUUCCUUCGAUUGCCCACACUGUGGUAACGCAAAUAGAGAAGUGCAGUCAGCCGGUAUAGUUGGAGAGAAAGGUGUUAAAUUUGAGCUUACUGUUAAAGAAAAAGAGGAUCUGAAUAGGCAAGUAAUUAAAUCAGAAUACGGAUCCUUCGCCAUACCUGACUUAGAAUUUGAGGAUGUUGUAGGAAAGAAGAGAGGAGAAAUAAAUACUCUUGAAGGUUUUAUGAAUGCUAUUAUCUCAAAUUUAGAAAUCCUUCAAGAUGAAAGAAAGUUGGAAACACCAGAAAUAGCUGAAAAAAUUAGUGAAUUUAUUGAAAAAUUAGAGAAACUAACAGAAGUAGAAAAACCAUUUACUUUUGUGUUAAAUGAUCCUUCUGGGAAUAGUUUUAUAGAGAACCCUUAUGCUCCUCAAGUCGACAAAAAUCUAAAAAUAAUACAUUACAGCAGAAGUGCACGCGAUAACGAACUACUGGGAUUUAGUAGCGAAGAAAAAGAGCCUGAGACUGAUGAAAAUUUAAAGGAUGAAGUUCUUCACUUUCAAACAAAUUGUUCCAGGUGUGGUUCCCCUGCUGAAAGCAAAAUGAAAAUGUUAGAUAUUCCCAUGUUCAAAGAAGUAAUUAUAAUGGCGAUAUCCUGUGAUAUGUGCGGCUAUAAGGAUAGCGAAGUUAAGAGUGGUAAGGGAAUUGAAGACAAGGGCAAGAAGAUUACCUUGAAAAUAACCGAUCCCAGUGACAUGUCUAGAGACAUUCUAAAAUCUAAUACGUGUAGUUUGAAGAUUCCUGAAUUAGAAUUUGAGCUGGUUGCUGGUACACUUGGUGGUAAAUUCACUACAAUCGAAGGAUUGCUAUUAGACAUAAUAACUCAGCUUUCAACUUCCAAUCCAUUCCUCAUUGGUGAUAGCGUUGAAGACAAUAUGAAUACAAAGCUAAAAGAAUUUUGUACAAAAUUGAAAAAUAUUGCUGAUGGAGAAUUAAAUAACGUUCAUAUCGAGUUAGACGACCCUGCGGGUAAUAGUUACUUACAGAACGUUUAUGCUCCUGAAGUUGAUCCCGAAAUGAAAAUAGAAGUUUACGAACGAACUCACGAGCAAGACGUAUUUUUGGGCAUAGACGGUCUUAAAAUGUCUCCGGCCUCGUAG